CAAACUAUCUGCCUGGUUCACCAGGAUUCACCUUGAUAUCUGCGCUGACUUUCUUCCACGUCUAAAUUUAGUUGUCAUAUGUCCUGCCUGUCAACUGGGACAGCGCGGCAGGACACGCCCCUGCGCUGAAUGAAGGGUGCCGUGCGUAACGCCAGACCUGCCGUGGAUCCAAACCUCCCCAGUAUUUUUUUUUUUUUUUUGGUUUUGUUGAGGAUUUGUUGUCCGACACCUCUGCCUGGUUCUUCAUGGUCUUCUAAAGGCAGCGAUGACUCCAGAGGAAGAUCUCGUUCGAAUCGCAAAAAAGCUGGACAAGAUGGUGUCUAGAAAUAGCACGGAAGGAGCACUGGACCUUCUGAAGGAGCUGAGGAGCCUUAAAAUGACACUGAAGCUUCUCCAGGAAACAAGAAUUGGAAUGUCUGUGAACAGCAUCAGGAAGCACUGCACGGAUGAAGAAGUCAUUUCUUUGGCCAAACUCCUCAUUAAAGAUUGGAAGAGACUCUUGGACUCUGGUCCAACUCAGUCUGAAAAAUCUUCUGAAGUGGAGAAUGGUUUGGACUCCAGCAAAAAGUCUUCAGGAUCCAACAGCCUCUCCCCCGAGACACAAGGCAGGUGGCUGGAUGUCAAAAUGAAAUCAGAUCCUGACAGAAAGCCCUCUGACAAAAACAGUGAGGAGAAGCAGAAAGAGCACCACACGCACAGAAAGAUGCAGACGAGUGAACCCGAGAAUAAAAAGGAGGACAAUGAGAAACAUCUUCAAGAAACCAGAGAAAAUAAACUCCAAAGGGUGCAAGGAGACAAGAAACCGGUGCGUAGUGAGGACCAGCAAUUCCGAAAACACAAGUUAGACCGGGUGAAGGAUGGACUGAUAGAAGAUCCAAAAAGGAUGAGACAUGGGGAGGAACUGAAGAGAGAAGAGCAAAGUGAACAAAUGAAGAAGACUGCAGAUGAUGUGAGGAAGGAGAAACAUGGAAAAGAGAGCUUGCCGGUCCACAUGCCUGCCAGGCCGCUGGUUAAACCCCAGAAACCUGCAGAUGUUAGUAAUCCACGCUUUGAAAGACGAGGGGUUCUGGACAGCAGCCUCCUGUACCCCACCAGCUCACCCCCUCCUUCCCAACCUGCUCGGCCUCUAAACCCCAAACGUCAAGCUUUGGAUGUAAAAAAAGACAGAAAGGAUGACUCCGCCUCAAGAAACCAUCGCCCACCUCAACCGACCAUCCCCCCAGCUAAAAAACCUGCUGCAGAAGUAAAGAAAGAGAGGAAAAUUCCACCGGAACCUAAUGCUCCUAUAGCUUUACCUCUUCACCUUCGUCCUCCUCCACAAAGGAAAGAGCCUCCUGAUCCCAACGCUCCUCUUCCUCCACUUCCUCUUCACCUUCACCCGCCUCCUCUGGCUCUGAAACAUCCCCUUAUAGAUGGGAAAAAGGAAAAAGACAGCAGGAAACUGUCCACAGACGCAAAGCUUCCUCAGCCGAAACACGAGAAAAGAGAAAGGAAAGAUUCAGUGGAUGGCAAAAUAUCCAAAAAGCUCUCAGGUGAAGCAAAGAAAGAAAGGAAAGAUUCAUCUGAGUCUAAACCUCAUCUUCCUAAAGAACCGUGUGUUGAGGUCAAAAAAGAAAAAAGGAAGGAUUCCUCUGACUGUAAGCCUGGCCAGCUUGCAAGAUCAUCAUCAUCAUCAUCUAAUUCUAAACUAGAAAGACAGGAAUCCUCCGAUUCAAAGCGAAGCAGCUCACCGCCAGCAAAGAAGCUGACAGCUGAAGGGAGAGAAUCUCUCAGUUCCAAACCUUCUCAGCCUGGACGUGCACAGAGGAAGCUCUCCACAGACAGCACUGAGCGGAAAGGCAAGUCUGACACACCCAGGACUCCCACCACCCCAACCAGCCCCAUGUCCCUCAGCUUCAGUUCUGCUGGGGGUCUGCUGCCUCCUCACCUGGCGACCGGAGAUUCCAUCAGGGACAAAUGUAUUGAGAUGCUGGCAGCUGCCCUGCGCACAGACGAUGAUCACAAGGAAUUUGGAGUAAACUGUGACAGCAUGGGAGCAGAGAUUGAAGAUUAUAUCUACCAGGAAAUAAAGGCCACUGACAUGAAGUACAAGAACAGAGUGCGGAGUCGCAUCAGUAACUUGAAAGACCCCAAGAACCCAGGGCUGCGAAGAAAUGUUCUGGCAGGCAGCAUCGAGUUAAGCCGUAUUGCCUCCAUGUCUGCGGAAGAAAUGGCCAGUGACGAGCUGAAGCAGCUGAGGAACGUUCUCACCCAGGAGGCCAUCAGAGAGCAUCAGAUGGCCAAAACUGGUGGGACCACCACGGACCUGCUGCAGUGUGGCAAAUGCAAUAAGAAAAACUGCACCUACAACCAGGUUCAAACUCGCAGCGCUGACGAGCCCAUGACCACAUUUGUUUUGUGUAAUGAGUGUGGUUACCGCUGGAAGUUUUGCUGAGCCCUGCAAAGAAAAGCCAGACUUUUUUCUGAGCCUUUUUGAUUUCUUUUUUUUCUUUCUAUAAUAUAGGACUUGGAGGGAGUUUGUGAAUUAUUCUAUCUGCUCAUUAGAAAAUAUAAUGUUAUUCUUAAAUUUUUUUUGUUGAAUUGAAAUGAUUUUUAGGCAUACUUGGGUAAUAAAGGUUUGCUACAUGUGGAUUGGAGUAGGGCAAGCACUUUAGAUUUUCUCAAAUGGUGUCAGUAAAUUAACCUAGCCAUAACUCCUGAACAAAUAUGAUCAAAGGUGCUGUCAUAAGAUGGAUUUAUUGUCAUGUCACUUUGCAGCUGUUUAUUUUGUAUACAUGCAGUUUCAAUAAAGCCUCAUAAAUCAGU